AUGUUUACUUUCAAGACUCUUACUUCUUUCGCUCUCCUUGUUUCCACGCGUCUUGCGCUCGUUCAAGCCGCUGUUUAUGUCACGAACCCGGUACAAUCAACUGUUUGCCCAGCAGGUCAGCCCUGUGAGGUGGAUUGGGUUGACGACGGUCAGAGCCCUCUCCUGAGUGACAUCGGAGAAUGCACUGUUGGCUUGUAUAACGGCGAGAUGGUCCUGACACAGUCGCUUACGUCCGUCAACGUUGCGGACACGCAUUCUUUCUCGUUCACUCCCGGCUCAUCUAUUGGCGAUGGCGGCUAUUACCUAGUAUUCACCUCAACCAGCACCAGCUACACGGGCUGGUCUGGUACUUUUGCCGUUAGCGGUUCGUCAAAAAGUUCUGCUUCUGAAUCAGGUACUUCUACCUUUACGUCCACUGCAACAUCGGCAUCUGGAGGUAGCUCGACUACAGUCUCCACCCUAGAUGGAUCUUCGACCUCAGUAGCUAAUUCUACCUCUGCAGGUGGUUCUAGCGCUGGGUUAGUUCCUUCAUCUGCUCACGCUUCAAGUACCUUCACGUCAACUGUAACUACGCCCGUUGUCCCAUCUAGCACGUCAACUGCUCCCCCCAGUGCAAGCACCCUAUCUUUGCCGUCAUCUUCUGUUUCCGCUAGCGCAACCACGCACAGUGGCACUUCCACCACCAGCACUAGCACUAGUGCGACUUCGUCGUCAACCCAAUCUGGGGCUGCCAUCCGCGCUGGUGCUUCAACCUCGUUGGCUGGUGGUCUUGUUCUCGCCUUAGCUGGGGCUCUCGUAUUCUGA